AUGGAGACAAUUUUUUUGCUGCUUGCACUCUUUAGUAGCAUUUUUCCACCAAUUGGCAGUGAAUGGGUGAAGAUAUCUAUCGAUCCGGCGGAUGUGGCAAGGGGAAGUGAAUCAGUUCAGACACUCAGUAAAUCCCAAUUUCUUCAGGACACCCUGUCAUUGGGCAUUAAGGGAUCUCCUGAGGAUUACCCACAUCACAAAUGGAGAAAGAGUGAUGAGAAUCCAGAGUGGAUUACAAAGAAAAUUCAACCAAUUGCUGUUUCCUGGAUUAUACCAGAAAAAAUUCCAGAAGCUCUCUCUACAACCACUACUACAGCUCCUGAAAUGACCACAAUGGGCACAAUAGAGCCAGGAAGCACAGAGACCUCACCUACACCAAUUAAACAAGUAGUGGGAGCUACCCGGAAGCAGGAUACUGGCUUCGGUUUCAGUGGACUCAUCAACUUCCUCAAAAGUAUUCAAAGUUCUUUCUUGGAUAGAACAAAAAGGAGCAUUGGGGACAAAAUCAAGUAUCUCCGGGAUAUACGGGAUAAACUCCUUGUGGAAAUUGAGAAACGAAUCAAUGCUCUGUGGCCGGCUGUUGAAGAACCUCCACGGCGCAAAAAGACCAAAAGGCAUGCAAUGUCUGGACAGGAUGGUCACAUGGAUUUCCCAUCGGCCGAGGGUGCACUCAUGACCAUUUGUUUUCUGACUUUUGCCGUCUUCUUGAUCAAAUUGGUUCUGCAAGUAAUUAACACCAUCAAGAGCAAACACUACAGUUUCAAUGGAUUUGACACCAAAUCACCAGCUGCACCAAUUAAAAUCAUCAAAAAUAACAGGAAUGCAAGGAGAUUUUCACUAACAGACGCGGACAAUGUAAAAACAAUGGCUGAUAUUGUUGAUGCAAUCCGGCCGACUGAGAAAUUUUGAGUUCCUGCCACGAGAGGGACACCGGAAAUUCACUAAAAAAUUAUUUAUUUUAGCAUUUAUAUAUUUUUAUGCAUAUUUUAUAACAAAAUAAAAAUUUAUAAAAUACACAUUAUGUUUUUGAAGGGUAUUUUACUGGAAAUUAUUCAGAGAACAUGAAGAAAAAGCGGUACAGAAACUCGUUG